UUAACGCUUCUCUGUCGUCGGCAUUGUUCUAGAAAAAUCUCCAAACCCAUCGAUCGGGGUGAUGGAGAAACAGACACAUCAAGAGCAACAGCAACAGCAACAGCAACAGCCAAAGAAGUGGACGAGCCUGUUCACCCACUCCUCUUCGAACCACUCGCUUCCUGUCCUGUUUCCUGUCCUAUCUGUGUCUAUGAGCAGCCGCGACGACCACAACGACGACAACGGCCGGUACCGCCGAAAGGGCAGCGAGCGCCCGCCUCCUCCCCCAACGGUAGGCGGGGUGUGGGAGGGGACGAUCGAGCGGAUCCAGCCCUACGGGGCGUUCUGCGCCUUUGGGCCGCUGGUGGCCGGUCACCACCACCGCCACCACGAUGGCCAGGGACAGGGACAGCGGCAGCGACGGACCUGGCAGGGCCUCGUCCACGUCUCGCAGUUGUCCGACACCCGGGUGGAGAAGGUCGAGGACGUCGUCGGCGUCGACGAUCGCGUGUGGGUGAAGGUACUGGAGGUAGAGCCGCGGGAAAACGGCCGCUUCCGGGUCGGCCUGUCCAUGAAGGACGUUUCCCAGGACGGCACGGGACGGGACCUGGGGCGGGAACGAGAAGCCAGGGAACACGCCAAGACGCAGCUGGAAACGAACCUGAAUUCGAUGAUCGGAAUGGGGGUGGCGCGAGAUCCCAUGGACCGGCUGGUGUUGAAACACAACCGCAGCCUCGGUGCAUCGACGAAACAGACCUUUCGGGGGGGCUACACCCUGGUCGACGACGACGAGGGAGAACCGGAGCCGGCCCAGCCCGAUCCGCUUGCUCCCGAUCGCCCGGAUCCCGGGACCGACCGCAACUACCGCAGAGCGCCCAUGGGACGGGGACGGGGCGCCACCCUCCCGGCGUGGAUGACGGCCGCGGAGGGACCGGUCGGGAUCGCGAACGACCGGAAACCGGAGGCUUCCGGUGGAGGCGACGCGAGAGACGCAAGGUACCGGGAUCGCAGCGACGAAAAGGAAAACGAAAACGACGAUCGCAGCCGGCGACGGUCCUCGUCGAGAGACGAACGACGACGAAAGAAAAAGAAACGCCGCCGGCGGACGCACAGCGAUCGCGAUGGGACCGACUCGGACGGCAGUCGAAGAGACGACGGUGACCACAGCGAGGACGAUGAGAAAAACCAUCGGAAACGCCACAAGUCGUCUAGCAGCAGCCAUCGCCGCAACCGCAGAGAGCACCGCAAACAUGCCAGCAAAAAACGGGAGAAAAAGGACAGAAAACGAAGCCGCCGGCGCGGCGAUUCCGAAAAAGGGGAGGGGGGCAGCAGAAGAUCCAAAGGCCGGCGCUACGAAAGCGACGAAUCCAGUUGCUGGAGCGGUUCUGUUGGCAGCGGUAGCCGUGGUGGAUCGUUGGGUACGAGUACGCCGUCCAAACGAACAUCAAAGGGGAACACAGCACCGAACGAAACGCGCGAUCGGUAUUGCCGUCGGGGGGAACGCAACCGUUCGAGAAGUUUCGAGGAUGCAAUCGAAGAGAAACGAAAGCAGAGCGAACGACAUGGAAGACGGCAACGUGAUAGUGAUCACCGUCGUCGUAGAAGUCCUAGUGUUGGAAGUCAUCAUUCGAGGCAUUCCGAGGUUGACGGUCAAAGAAGAGAAAAUUGAAUCGCGUUAUAAUUCAUUCGAUGGUGGAGAUGCAAAACACACAGUAUUGGGUGUACGAGGUGCAUGAUAACUCGUUGAGAUAGUCCGGAAGAUGACUGCAGCACCAAGGACUAUCCAAAAUGGAGGAUCUAGCAAAGCGCAGCCUUUCAAAAGAUACCGAUGCUUUCUAUAUUAUACACAUAAAGUUCAGAACUCCGA